AUGGAACCAUCAUUAAUUACAACGUUUAUUUUAAAAAUUUUGAAGGAAGACAAUGGAACAAGUGAAGCUAGAGGUGAUGAGGAGAGAAGUGAUCAAGCCUUCUUCAGCUUCACCUCAUGGUCGUCUUCAACUCUCUUUCCUCGAUCUCACCUGUCCCGGGAUUUACUUGUCGCCGAUCUUCUUCUACAAAGUGAAGAUCUAUCGCCGGAGAUCAUCGCCAGUAAACUGAAAACCUCUCUGUCCGAGACUCUGUCAGGGUUCUAUCCACUCGCUGGACGAAUAGAAGGCGUCUCCAUCAGCUGCAACGACGAAGGAGCUGUCUUCACUGAGGCACGUACGGAUCUUCUUCUCCCCGAUUUCUUGAGAAACAUCAACAUGGGCUCUCAACAAGGAUUCUCCCCGACCAGCCCUGGAGAUUCUGCGGACGGACUGGCCAUUGUUAAGUGUCAUGGUCACUUUCUUCGGGAUUGGGCCACGACCACUGCAAAAGGGACGUCAAAUGAUACUAUUCACUUUGCCGAGACGACCAUUUAUCCUCCUCAUGAUCAUGUCUCGUUACAGUUACCAUCUACUGAUUCCGAUAUUGUCAAUUUAACAAGAAAGUGUGUAACAAAUAGGUUUGUCUUCGACUCCUCUAAGAUAGCUGAGCUAAAACGCAAGGCCGCUAGCGAAACCGUCCCUUUACCUACACGUGUGGAAGCUAUCUCGGCACUCCUCUGGAGAUGUGCCAGAAAUGCUUCGCGCUCUAACAAAGUGCUUCCAAGGCCAACGCUGAUGUUUCAAGCCAUGGAUUUGCGACUUAGGAUUCCGUCUACACGUGACAUGAUCGGCAACUUACAAACAUCACUCCUUCUCAAGAAAGAGGUCAAACCGGACAUAGACUUAUACACAAUGACUAGCUGGUGCAGAAAGCCUUUCUACAAGGUGGAUUUUGGAUGGGGUAGUCCGGUCUGGCUUGGAUCCGCCUCACAUAGCGAGAACAUGGUACUUGUGGCGCUAAUUGAUUCAAAAGAUGGUGACGGUGUAGAAGCCUGGAUAAAUCUACCCGAGCAAGACAUGACUGUGUUCCUCCAUGACCAAGACUUGCUUGCUUAUGCCGUUCUCAAUCCCCCAGUCCUGGUCUAA